UCAUGAAUGAAACCGCGUGACCAAACAUCAUAUGACGUCUGGCUCCGGCACAAGAGAAAGCGUUGAACAAGGAGAAGGCGAAGGACUGAAUUUUACAAAUUACCCCGAAAUAGAGACGUCGCACCUUUAAAUAUUAAAUCUCAUACCAAAGGCGCUGGGCACAGGGUCUCCCCAGAGUGUGACCUGCGUUGUCUGAACAGGGGCUCGUGGUAUGACGACCUCCAACAAGGGAAACAAGGCCUUAAAGGUGAAAAGGGAGCCCGGGGAGAAUGGCACGAGUCUGACGGAUGAGGAGCUGGUGACAAUGUCGGUGCGGGAGCUGAACCAGCACCUGCGCGGCCUGACCAAAGAGGAGAUCCUGCAGCUGAAACAGCGGCGGCGCACGCUCAAGAACCGCGGCUACGCGGCCAGCUGCCGGGUCAAGCGGGUCACGCAGAAGGAGGAGCUGGAGAAGCAGAAGGCGGAGCUACAGCAGGAAGUAGAGAAGCUGGCCUCGGAGAAUGCCAGCAUGAAGGAAGAGCUCGAUGCCCUGCGCUCCAAAUACGAAGCCUUGCAGAACUUCGCCAGGACAGUCGCCCGCAGCCCCGUGGCCCCCUCCCGGGGACCCAUCGCCUCCGUCAUCGGGCCCCUUAUCCCCGGCAAAGUGGCCACCACCAGCGUCAUCACAAUAGUCAAGUCAAAAACAGGCGCCAGGUCUUAGUAUCCGGCAGGGCUUGAGGGCAGUGGUUAGGAGAACAAGGCUGGUCAGUGCAUCAUAUUUGAGCACACAUUGGGUUUUUAUGUUUUUUUUUUUUCUUUUCUUUUACACCACCCAUACAAACCACCUUGUGACAGUGGUUGAGUUCGGUGGGCUAGUUAGAGCUGGGGACUGGCAACUGCCUGGAUUAUUGAAGCCCAGCUCAGCCCCUGCCGUACUGUGCCACCCUGAGGCAGGUCCCUUCUCCUCCAGGCUUCCGGUGUGUAAGCGGGACCAUGCUGGAUAACAUCAUAUGGCAACUUGGAUGGGUCUAAUAGACUGGAAAUUAAAAUCUGAUCCAGCAAACCAUGCUGAAACCAGCACUGGAUUAGUAGAACUGAAAACAAAACAAAACAUACAACUGUAUUGAAGUUGUUUGUGGUUAACAUGGGUCCAAAAAGAUUAAUACUUUGUUCAUUUUUGUAAGGUUGUUAGC